UAGGAGAGUGUGUAUGAUAGGCGAAGUGUAGACAGCAGGAGAAGGAGAUAGAUAGUUCAAUGUCCACUCAUUCUGUCUUCUUCACUGUGUUGCUGUUGAUAUAUUCUUGUUCAGUGCAUCAAUGUGUGUCAACCUGGUUUGUUCGUAGUGGAGAGCCAGUUCGAGAACGGACAGAAUUCCCCUUCCUUGCUCUAAUGAUCACAGAUCAGUCGAUGUGUACAGCCACACUGGUGUCGACAAAGGCGAUCAUCACAGCUGGUCAUUGUGUCUGUGGACCGAAAUCAAUCAGACGGAUUUCCUUUCUGACGCUGAGUGAUUUUGACAAGAGAUCGAUCAAUUACGAGCCGUCAUCGAUCAAAGUGCCUCCAGAAUACGAUCCAGUAUGUCAGUUGAAACGAGCCAACCAGCGCGUCACACAAACUUUCGGUGGGUAUGAUGUGGCGGUGGUGACACUGUCGGAAAUGGUGGAUCUGGGAGAUGGGGUGAAAGUGGUGAGCAUGGCGAGUGAAUCGGAAAUACCGGUGCCGAACACUGUUGUCCACAUUGUGGGAUAUGGCAAAGAUGUUCGUGCUUCAGAUGAUACAGCUCGAUAUGGUGGAGUGUUGAAGAAGGGUCGUGCUGUUGUCAUGGAAUGUCUUCACAAAACUGUUGGAAAUCCCAUCUGCAUCAAACCAGAUCCAAUCUCUCAGCAAAUAAUCGGUCCAGGAGAUAGUGGUGGACCUCUCCUUCUCACUCCACAAGGUCCCAUUAUUGGUGUUGCAUCGGGUGGUGUAUUUCUUCCUGCCAUUGGUGAUUUGUGUGUGGAAUAUGCGAGUGUGAGUCGAUCACUGGGAUUUAUCAUGUCAAAUAUAUGAUUGACAGUCAGUGAGAUCAUUAUAGAACAUUCAUUCACCUUCUCCAUCUUAUUUUAUAUUUAUGCACUUGAUAUGACUGACUGCAUUUGCACAAAAAAUAAACAACGAGUUUAUGAAUCGUGUU